GGGGCAUUGUUUAGGGGGAAGGUGUGCGCUGGGGGAUGGGCACAGACUAAUGGUACCAACAAAAAGUUUAACCACUUCACCGACCUCACUGACAUGGCUGAAUGCGCAUGCUGGCAGAUGUUCCGGAGUCAGAUCUGGCUAAAUUAAAAACCCGAUUUCCGGGAUCUUUUUAAUCUUCUUACCAAGAGGCUUCUAUUUAUGCAUUUCAUUUGAAGAUAGCACUUUGAGCGUGAUUGAUGUUGUUGUGGCCGGGAGUAACGUUAGUUCAAUCAUUUUCUUAUUGGCGGAGUCUGCCCCCCACCCCCCUACUGUCAGCGCUGGCUCAGUCUGGCUCGCCCCCAGUUCGUGCAUUUGUCCCGGGAUGACCUGUUGAUGUCUGUGAAAUAAGAUAAGGUGGGGUAUCCGAACUCGCGCGGAAUCGCUAUGGAACAUUAACUUUGAAAUUCCGCGACAGAAAAGUAUGCACUUGGCUAUUUUAGGGAUGCUAAUACCGGCUGCUCAUUGAAUCGUUAGAGAUUCUUGAGUGUUGCCGUUUAAACUGAGUGGCGUGCAGAACGGGGCGAACCCUAAUUUCGGCGGUGCCGCGCUCGAGACGGACCCGUCUAGGCCCGAGGAUGUAGGCACGAGCUCGCUCUCGGUGCGGUGCAUUGGCAAAGACGGGACAAGAGCGGCAAACUUGCUCGUUUUGUGCGAUCCUCGGUGCGUUGCUGCGCUUCCCCCCGCUGCGUCUGUGCUCGCUCGCAUGUAGGUGCUGCAUUUCUCACGGAGUGGCUCAUAGUGGGCGCUUUUGCCAUCGUUCUUCACCCCCUUCGCGGCCCGUGCCAGAGGAGAACUCCGGUCGGACGGGUAGAUUGACAGACACACGGUUAACCUGCCGCCGACACAGCCGCAUAACACUGCUGUACUGGCAGCUCUGGCGGCCAAAGAUUUGUCUGGUGGUGCUGGCCAUAGCGCCAUGGCUCAGACCCUUCAGAUGGCGAUCCCAAACUUCGGCAACAAUGUCCUGGAGUGUUUGAACGAGCAGCGGCUGCAGGGGCUGUACUGCGACGUGUCCGUGGUGGUGAAAGGCCACACCUUUAAAGCCCACCGUGCCGUGCUGGCGGCCAGCAGCUCCUACUUCCGUGACCUUUUCAACAGCAGUGUGGGCAGCAAAACCCCUACGGUGGUUGAGUUGCCCCCGGCCGUACAGCCGCAGAGCUUUCAGCAGAUCCUGGCCUUCUGCUACACCGGCCGCCUCAGCAUGAACGUCGGAGACCAGUUUCUGCUCAUGUACACGGCUGGCUUCCUCCAGAUCCAGCAGAUUAUGGAGAAGGGCACGGAGUUCUUCUUGAAAGUCAGCUCACCCAGCUGUGACUCACAGGGCCUACAUACUGAAGAAACACCUCCGUCGGAGCCUCAGAGCCCCGUUACCCAGACGGCGGCAGGUACAGCGGCUAAUGGGGGAGGCGGGGUGGUGGCUACGGCAGCCAGUCGACCCACUUCCUGCUUGACCCCAUUGCCCCUUGUCUCUCGGGUGAAGACCGAGCAGCCGGAGGCUUCACCCUAUUCAGUGGUUUGCACGCCGGUGGCCAAGCGACUCUGGGAAGGAGGCAAUCGGGAAGGUGGUGGAGGCUCGGGUGCAGCCGGCGGAGGAGGGAUGAGGAAGGCGGCUCGCUUUUCCCAAGAAAUGGCACGUGGAAGUGCUAUUCAGCAGCAAGGUAGCAUGGGACUUGGUAUGGGUCUUGGAAUGGGCACAGGGGGCCACGGUGGGGGCAGCAGCACCAAUGGCAACGGCACAAGCAGUGCCACCCCUGAAGGCACCAGCCCCGGUACCUUGAGUGCCUACACCAGUGAUUCGCCCAUCUCUUACCAUGAUGAUGAAGAGGAAGAGGAGGCGGUGGAUGACGGCACUGAAGAGCAGUACAGGCAGAUCUGCAACAUGUACACCAUGUACAGCAUGCUCAACGUGGGUGCUACGGCGGGUGAACGUGUGGAGGCCUUGCCGGAUCACUCUGAGACGCGGCCCAGGAUGCGUGGCCGACAGGAUCUUGCCUCUCUCCCUGCUGAGCUCAUUGCUCAGAUUGGCAACCGCUGUCAUCCCAAACUCUAUGAGGAAGGUGACCCUGCAGAGAAACUGGAGCUAGUUUCAGGCACCAGCGUGUACAUCUCACGAGCUCAGCUGAUGAACUGUCACGUCAGUGCGGGGACCAGACACAAAGUCCUACUGAGGAGGCUGCUGGCUGCUUUCUUUGACAGGAGCACUCUGGCCAACAGCUGUGGAACCGGCAUCCGUUCCUCCACCAAUGACCCCAGCCGUAAGCCACUGGACAGCCGAGUGUUGCAUGCAGUCAAAUUUUACUGCCAGAACUUUGCCACCAGCUUUAAGGAGAGCGAGAUGAACGCCAUUGCGGCGGACAUGUGCACUAAUGCUCGGCGCGUGGUGAGGAAGAGCUGGAUCCCCAAGCUGAAGCUACUGAUGGCGGAGGGCGACGCCUAUGCCAAUUUCCUCCCCGACAGCAUCAAGAUGGAAGCGGACGGCCUCAGCGGUGAACCUACCUUCGAGACGGCGAGCCUGGAGGGCGGCGCUUCGGUGGAGACUGGAGGAUCCUCGGGCGAGUCUCUGCAGGGUGUGAGCGGAGACAAUGGCACUUUGUUUCAGUGAGUGACCGGGCAAGGAAAGCCCUGCCCCAUCCCCUCUGCCGCCCCACCUCCUACCCACCUCCCACCCCGCUGCGUAACUCUGGGCACUGCUGCUUCUGCCUGGGAUGGGAAAGGGAGAGUCGGGUAGGAGAUUGGAGGAGAUUGCACGGUCUAGUGUCGGGAGGAACACAAGGGGUUUAAGCCAGGGGUGACAUUUUCUUUUCAAUCAUUUUUGUUUUUGCUGAAUAACCCUCUUUUGCACAGAAGAUCCCCUUUGCCUCCACGCUCGGCAAGUAAAUCUAGUCACUGAUGCUAUAGGAAUGCAUAAAUAGGAAAAUUUAUUGCGACGGGAGGUCCGAGGUUCCCUGAUCUCACUCUACUGAAUUUGAAUGUAUUAGUUUGUAGCACCUGGCUAUGUCAGACUAGCCGAUUGUAUUUGGCCCAGGAGAGAGACAGGAAAAAUGCUUGUCAUAAGAUCUGAAGGAAUAGCAGAUGGAGAAAGUAGUGAGGGAGGAGAGGAGAAAGAGAAGUAGGUGGCAUAUUCCGUCUCUCGUUCUGUCUAAAAUGGAAAGAAUCUGAUAUCCUCCUCUCCUUCCAUUCCUCCAAAAAUAUAUGUGGGAUCUUAGUCUGCCACGUUCUUUGUUUUUUAUGUCGCCGUUUUCUCCUUUCCCCUUCUACUUGUUCCACUGUGUGAUUUAUAUGAAUCCAGAGUUGAUGAAAGCUGAUUAAGGACUGUAAAGGAUAAAAAUAUAUUUAUCUGCUCGCACCUUCAGAGCUCAAGACAGAGGGAUUGUUUUAAAAUCUCUUUCUGUGUUUUAAUUUUUUUUUUUUACCUUUUCUUUUUCUUCUCAAAUGUUUCUCAAGAGACACCUUGUUAUUGGGCUUUAAAUGGAAAUUGUGAGAAAAAAAGGACUAUUUUUGCAUAAGAAUUAUCUUACAUUUCAAAGGCUUGUCUUGUAUCUCGAUCACGAUCGUGUCCGUAGCUGAAUUCGAUUGGCCGUUUUUACCAGAGAUGUACGAUUUGCGGCCCUCAUCGAUUAAAGGGAUAGUUCAUCCAGAAAUGAAAAUUCUGCCAUCAUUUACUCACCCUCAUGUUGAUCCAGACCUGUAUGACUUACUUUCUUUUGAAAAAACAAAACACUAGAGAAGGUUGUUUUUUUCAUUCAGUGAAAGGCCAUUGGGAUUCAGUGUUGUAUUGGACUUUCAUUGUAUGCACGUAAAAGUGUUCUUUAAAAAUAUCUUCUUUUAUGUUCCACAGAAGAAAUAAAUUCAUACAGGUUGGAAAAGACUCAAUGGUAAGUAAAUUAUGACCAAAUUGAAUAAACCAUCGCUUUAAGAGAAAAAAAUAGUGUAGGACAGUUAUCCCCCAGUUAUCGCACACAAGCACGCUUUUACAGCCCAGGGGGAAGGGAGAUUGUGCUUCUUAUUGUUAGUCACUUUACUGUCUUAAGGUUUGGGCCUGACUUACUUUGUGUGUGUUUGAGAGCGGAGGAGGGUUUACAUUGCCUGUGUCCCAGGAGAGGAGGAGCAGAAUGAUUAAGUCUCUCUAUGUUGCCCAUGUCCCUGUUUGGGCAGCUGUGUGUGCGUGUGUGUCUGUCUGUGCUCGCUUAGGCAAGCAUGUCUGUGUCCGCACAAGUCACCAUCUGUAUACAUUCCUUGCACAUAGUUGGCACUGUGUCUUUGCAUGUGGGUGAUCUGUUGAUUGGGGGAUUUAGGCUAUGAUUGUUUCUGCGUUUAUUCGCUUUUAAGGAAAUUCGCCUGUCUGAGGGUUUGCCGUAACCUGUGUACUUUUGCAUAUCCCAAAUUUCCAUGGGAAUUUGAAUGGGAUUGCAUGUGAAGUCUUAAUGUGUGCUCAGGCAUGGGUUUUAAACACACAUGCCUCACGAAAACAGAAAUUCGAUACUGUAGGCUAUUUUAAUAUUUCAUGCCGAGUUAUUAACACCAUGUGUGUUUGUUUGUUUUUGUGCGUCUGAUCUCCUGGGACACAUACAGUAGCUGCCCCCUUUUUGACAGAGGAAAUGGACCUCUUUGCACCUUUUCAUAGACUGAACUAGAGCUUUUUGCACCUUUUUUGUAGAGGAGAGUGGUGGAUUGUGCACCUUUUUUGUAGAGUGUAAUCGAUGGAUGUGUAUGUGUCGGUAUCUGGUCCGGAACAGAAUGCACGUCUGCGGCCAGCCGUGCUGAAUACUGAUGUAAAUAAUGAAGAGACUGUUGAACAGAUUUUGACCACGUUUUUAACAGGACACUCGUCUUUUUAAUUGAUUGCUUGCAUUAGGUCUUUCACCCCUUUUGGUUUAAGCUCAUGUUUUUUUUUUGUUUUUUUGCAUAACCAAGUCUGGCUUACCUGCUGUUUGUAUAUUUGGAAAUUGUUUAGUUUUUUUGUUUGUUUUGUUUUCUGGCUUAAUAGUCGUAGCAAAUAAAGUGAACUCCAGGCAAGUUUACUUACUAAAUGCAAUCUGGUUUAGGUCUGACCGGCGACCUCGUUUCAUUUCUUUUCUUUUUUUGGACCAGAAGACAAUAAUGGCUUUUGUGUAGAAAUGUAUAACAUUCGCCAAGCCUGCAAAAUCAACAUCUGGGAACGUGCAUGCAUCCAUUUUCUUCUCAGUUUUAUUUCUCCAUUCUUUUAGCAGACCACAUGUACUGUAUUUACUUUUCAACUACUACUACUAAUUCAAGGUGAAAGAGUUGACUUGCCAAGUUUUUUAAGGAUACAAUAUAGAGUUGUUUGACUGAUGAUAGAGUACUGAGUAUUUUUUCAUUUCUUUUUAUUGACUAAUGUGCUGGGAAAGUGGGGGCCAUGGUGAGCGAUGUACUGGUGCUAUGUGUGCUAUUCUUUAGAUGUUAAAGGCCGGCUGGGUCACUGGUGCCUUUUCAGGAGGACUGCGGGAGACGAACUGCGUGUGUAUCUGGGUGGGGCGCGCAGUGCUCCUCUCUCUCCUCUCUCCAGCUAUGACUGUGCCAGUGUUUAUGCGUCCUCCAUUUUGAUGGCACAGAUCACAUAUGCUGCAUGUAUCGCUGGAGAGGAACUGCUGUGUCUAUGCGACACCCGCUGUCUGUGUGUUGCUACUGCAGCUUAGAUUUACUACUUACAGUCAACACCAAGGGGGUGUUCAUGCCUGAGAAAGAUGACUCUUGAUGGCCACAAAAAAAUGGCUUCAAGAAGUUGAAGGUGAUGUGUACAUUUUUUUUUUUUGUUGUUGUUAAAAUACUGUAAGUAAGCCAAUUCUAAGGUUGAUUCUGUCCUGUAAGGUGUAAUACUGUGGCUCUGUGACGCUAAUGAAAAGUUGCUCUGUUUGUUUGAGCAUCACAACCAGCCUGAGAGAGCAUCAACCCAUGGAAUGAGUUCGAAAUAGUUAUUUUUGCAAUUCCGUUUUAAAUUACACACUUCACCUCUAAAGGAUUUUUUUUUUCAUUUAGCCUCACCUGGUAUGAAAGGUUUCUUAAGGCAAGUAUGUAGUGGGAAUAAAGGGACCAGUGUUGAUCAAAAAAGGCCGGGAUGUCCAUAUCACGCUGCCUAUCUGUCUGCUCUCUGUGCCCGAGUAAAGCACCUUUUCUGGGGUUUGCGUUCAUAGACGUGCUCCUCAGCACCUUGCAAUUCAGUCUGACUGUGUCAGAGUGCAGAGUGACUGAGUGCGGAGAGGAGAUAGAUGGCAGACGCCUGAGCGGGUGAGAAAGAGCAUGAGAGUUGAACUGCCCUUAAGUCUUGUCAUUCUUUCUGGUAAAACAGUUUGUUGGGUUACUGUACAUUGUAGAUUAUUGUGAAUUUGUUACCUGGUGGAUCGUUGACAGCAUGCCAGAGAGAGCACAGAAGCAAUGUAUUAAAAAAAAUGUUUUAUAACCUACUGUCUCUCCUAUUUGCAAAGGCAGAAACCAGGCCCGUCUGUAUCGGAGCGAUGGACUGGCUGUAUUUUGCAGGUUUUCCUUUAGCUUGCAAUUUUCACUACGUUUUUUGUCAACCUAAGCCUCUUUACCCAGAAUGCAGCACUGCUAUUCCACUCUAAAUAACAGACAUACCACGUAAAGAUACUCUCACCUCUUUCUCUGGGUGUUGCGUUCUCUUCCAGCACACCCAAACACUCUGCUUUCAGUCUUUCCCUGAAAUGAGAUUAUGAUGAUUAUAACCCAACUUUGCAAAUGUUUUGGUAAAGUAACGUGUGAUAGCUGGAGUAAUUGACAUCCGGACAUGUUAUCACAAAUUACAGAGAAAUACAGACAGGAUGGGGGAUGACUUCAGCUCGCUUGAAAACUCAAAACAACAAACUGGUUGUGAACCUUUUUUUACGAUGCAGUGUCUCACUUUCUAUGACUACAUCCCUAUACAAAUCUAUAUACUGUAUAUUACAUAGAAGCACUAAUGAAGUUUGAUUGUUAGUCGUGCACUCUCAGCAUGAGUUGUAACCCAUCCCCAGCUGUGUUCAUGCAGUGACCCUGUAACGCCAGUGCUCAUCCACUCCAUUCUGUCUGUGUUCAAAGUGCCAAUAACUUUGUGAAUCCCUAACUGUGACCCAAUAUUAUCAAAAGUAAUUGCACAUUAACUACUGUAAAAAAUGAGUGAGAGAAAAGUCAAAGAAUACAGCUGAAUAUCUUAAUAAAAGUUUGUAACAAA